AUGAUCAUGCAAAACCCCGUGCUCGAUCCGAAAGAUCAGAGGAUUACUUCCUCCAUGGAGGAUUCCAAUGCAAUGACUAUUGAAUUCCUGCGAGCGAGGUUGCUUUCUGAAAGGUCCAUCUCAAGAAGUGCUAGACAAAGAACUGAUGAAUUGGAAAAAAAGGUCGUGGAAUUGGAGGAACAACUUAGGACGGUGACUCUUCAACGGAAGAUGGCUGAGAAGGCCACUGCAGAUGUUCUUGCCAUUUUAGAGGAUCAAGGGAUAAGUGAUGUAUCGGAAGAAUCAGACUCAGGCUCAGACAUUGACAUUCCUUGUGAAUCUGGUGUUAGUAAUGAUUCUUCAAAAGAGGGUGAGAGAUAUACAAGCUCAAAAGGGAGACAACAUAGGUCAGAUGAAAUGUAUGGUUCUCGUAUGAAUUCUUCGCCAGUAUUCAAUAGAAGUUUGUCUUGGAAAGGACGUCACGAUUCUCCCCGAUCUCUUGAAAAAUACAAGAAUUCUAAUAUGAGAAGGCAAAACAGUUUUUCAUCUGCCAGUUCUUCUCCAAAGCACCACCAUGGAAAGUCAUGUCGCAAGAUAAGACAUAGACUAAACAGGUUAGCGAUGGAGGAAUCCAAAGAUAAAUCUGUCAAUGAUAACUGCCACGAAAAUGCAUUUGUUUCCUCUUCUGAAGGAUAUCCAAAGAUUUCAAUUGCUGGGUCUAACAUCCCGAGAAUAGAAUCUAAAAUUCCCGAAGAGGAUGAAUCAGAGGUGAACCAAGUGAACAAAAAUCAUCACGUAGAUGAAUAUGGAAGAGAAGAGAACAUGGAAAAGGCACUUGAACACCAAGCCCAACUUAUUGACCAGUUUGAAGCAAUGGAGAAGACUCAGAGAGAGUGGGAAGAUAAAUUUAGAGAGAAAAACAGCACAACAUUGGAUUCAUAUGAUCCGGGGAAUCACUCGGAUAUGACUGAAGAUAAAGAGGAAAGCAAGGAUCAAAUUCCAUACUCUUCUAAAGUGGUCGCACCAAAUGCUCAAGAGUAUAAAUCAGAGUCCAGAGGUCUCAACUCAUCUGAAGUAUUCAAAUUUGAGGCCAGAGAUGUUAUGCCGAAAUCACAUGAUGACACAAGAGGUUACAACAAACAGAAUAGCGCAACUCUCCGAACCUCCAGUUUACUUGGUCAAGAAAGGUCACAUUCACCACUUAGUGGAAACCGAAGCGAGAGCUCAAUAAAUCAUAAUCAUCAGUCUUCUGAGACAAACAAUCACGAUCCACGCGGCCGUGGUCACCCUGGUUCCAAGCCAUCUUUUCCGAAUGUUAUUCAGGGUGGUUUGCACCAAAAGGAUGAUGCUUCCAGAAACAAAAAUGACCUCUAUGCAUUAGUUUUUCACAAACAAUCUCAUGAGUUCAAUGGGGUACUUGAAUCACUUAAGCAAGCUAGGACAUCCUUACAACAGGAGCUUAAUAGGUUGCCUCUGGUAGAGAGUAGUAAAGCCAUUAAACCAUCUACUUUUGUUGGUAAAAGUGAGGGUAGAUUUGAAAUUCCUGUUGGAUUUUCUGGUCUCUUCAGACUACCAACAGAUUUUUCCAAAGAAGCAACUGGUGGAUUUGGUUCAAACCUUUAUCAUUAUAAUAGAGGCAUGUCUAGAAUUUCUGAUGGUCAAUUUAUCACCAAUCCCUAUCACGGUGCAGCAAGGAGCUUAUCUGCAGUUGAUCAAUCUCAUGCGACCCGAUACUUGGAAAAUGGGCCGAUAUCUGAUUCUAAAAAGUCCCCUUCUGAUCCUUUUUCGAAUGGAGGAGGCCCACCUUAUUCUAGCCAACCCAUGUAUCCCUCAUUUCCAAUCAAUCCGUCCCAUCACAUUACAUUGCCGAAAUCGUCGAAUGGAGGUGGCCCGCCCAAUUCUAGCCAACCCAUGUAUCCCUCACUUCCCAUCAAUCCAUCCUAUCAUAUUACAUCGCCGAAAUCGCCGCAGAUGCCAUUUGGUGGUGAACUUUCAAAACCUUAUUCAAGUAGAACAGUUGGAUUUCCCCAUGCCGAUCCUUUCUCAUUUCAUGGUGACCAUUUAAGAUAA